AGGAAGACCUUUGAUGUAAUAUCGCUCACGUUGCAGCUUCAUCGUCAAGAUGUUCGAAGAAAUACAAACAAAAGCGCAUUAGCAGACAUCGAAAAUAUGCUGUCGAGGGCGCGUUGGCGCCGAGCGCCCACACUGGCACCCGAAAACGUGCGCGGAGGUGCAGAAGUAACGCGUGCGCAUAAUUAUUCAUUUCCAGCAGUUAUCUGGAGUCCUACUCGAGGCCGCAGCAGCGUUACUAUAGUACUCAGCUGUGGAGCGACGUAUCCUAUCCCGAUGAGUUGCGGGCGACUCAAGUCAAGUUUAGUGUUGAAAGCAUGAUUUUAUUCGCUGUGUGCUCAGACAGGGUAAACUGUGGUUUGAUGUUGUGCAUGAUCGCCAGUGCUGGAGUUGGAGAUGAUUUGGGAGAAGUGAUGAAAGUACUUCGAUCCGCAUCAAUCCUCUGCGUAACGAUGAAGACUUGAGUAUUUGCAAGUUUUUCCAUGCAUAAGACUGUCUCCUACCGCAGCACUCGAUCAGAAGCGUCUG